UCUUUGGAGCUUACUUUACUCUCAAGACAUUUUCAACAACAAAGGAUAAGAAAAGCCAACCAACAGAACGAAAUGAAGUUGCUGCUGCUUGUGAUUUGCUGUAUGAUUUCCGCAUCACUUGCUGGUCUGAUUGACAAAGAGGCUAAACUGGAAACAGUGCUCAAUGAAGUUGAAGAGAUAUUGCAAGACCUGAAAGCUGAUGAUGAUUCGCCUCAUCCCGAACCACUAGGAGACAUACAAGAACUUGAAUCGAUGAUCAAUGAUCGUGAAUCUCAGGCAGUUUUGAGUGGAGCAGUGAUCGAGGGAGAUAUUUCACCAAAGCCAUCCCACAAACAAGAAUCAGAAGGGAGUCCUGCCGCCAUGGAGGAGAUGUUGCUUCACACUGAGAACAUUGACGAGGCAACUGCUGAAGUGGAAGCUGCUGGGGGCCAUGUUCUACUCCAACUUGGUCACAACCUCUUGGUUGCAAAAUUCCCUUCUCAUGUAGCCAAGCAGAAUAGCUUCAGUCAAGCUUCAGCCCAUAUUUCGAGCUCAGCAUCGGCGGAAACUUUGAACCAUGCUAAUGCCUACUGGAUGGCACGAGAAGAUGAGCUGAGACCACAACCAACGGUUCAAAAGUGGACCGAAAAAACAGCUCCAAUGGCCUUUAAACGAGAAGAUUCAGACGAAGGUUUUCAGGGAGAUUCACCAUAUCGCCAAACCAUGACUGGAAAGAUUGUCGCUCUUAUUCUUAUUGCUUCCGGUCCUGGUAGCUUAGCAAUAAGCAAUAGUGAGAAACAGAAGAUUAUAAGCGAAUGUCUAGCAGGGCUUAAAUUCUGGGCAAACCAAGCUCAGAAAAAUGGGGUUAGGUUGUCGUUUGUGAUGUAUUAUGGGAUGGCAAUAAUCUCUGCUUCCAACCCAACCUAUUGCUCUAGCUAUAAUUAUGCAUCUUGCCAUGACGUGUUUGCUAAUCCUACACUCCAAGCUUGUGGUUACCCAACUGGUAAAACUGGAAGGGACAAAUUAGCACAAACUUUCAAAAAUGCCGUUAGUGCUGAUGGUGCUUUCAUUGGUUUCUUCUCUAAGUACAAGCAAAGUCAUUUUGCGUAUGCCUAUUUUGGUGGCGGACCUCUAUACAUGCAGUACAGCAAUGACGGUUGGGGUUCCGAUCAGAUUGACAGGGUUUUCGCUCAUGAAGUUGGACAUGUUUUUAAUGCUCCUGACGAAUACACAAAGUGUAAUUGCUACCAAUAUUAUGGCAAGGGAAGCUGCACUGCUAAAAAUUCCAACUGCAAGACCUGCACUUCUUCUCAAGGUGGCUGCAUUAUGGACGGCAAUGAUCUGAAGCAUCUUUGCGAGUACACCAAGAAGCACGUGGGUUGGUGCUAAGAGACUUACAAGGAAUACUUGUAAACUGCUUACGGACUUGACCCUAUAAUUAUAGUGUGCUGUGUAUUAAAGUUUAGCUAUAAUACAUAAACAGUUGAGUAUAGUUAUUUGCAGCUGCAAUUAGAUCUAUAUGUAUAAUAGAAUUCUUAUUAAUGUGAUUGACAUUACACCUUAUUAAUAAUAAGUUUUGGUUUACGGUACAA